AUGUUCUCUCCCCUCCCUCUCCUGCUCGCUGCGUUCUCUUCUGCCGUCAUCGUCGGCGCGGCACCCACUUUCCCGCCCGCGUCCGUCGUCAAUGACACGAACAUCAUGAACUACGCGCUCACCCUCGAGUACAUCGAGCGCACCUUCUACGAACAGGGGCUCGAGCAAUUCUGCGAGGACGACUUCGAGGCCGCGGGCUUCCCCCCCUGGGUGCGCGGCCGCUUCGUCCAGAUCCGCGACCACGAGGAGACGCACGUCCAGUUCCUCACCUCCCAGCUCGACGCGCUCGGCGCGACCCCCGUCGAGCCCUGCAACUACUCCUACCCGUACACGGACGUGCAGUCCUGGGUCGCCCUCUCCAUGACCCUCGAGUCCGUCGGCUCCGGCGCGUACAUGGGCGCGGGCCGCUUCAUCUCCGACAAGGACACGCUCGUCGCCUCGCAGUCCAUCGCGCAGAUCGAGGCGCGCCAGGCCGGCUGGGUCGCGUCCGCCGCGAAGCACCUCCAGCCGUGGGACGGCGACUUCGAGACCCCGCUCUACUUCAGCGGCGCGUUCUCCCUCGCCGUGGGCUUCAUCGACGCGUGCCCCGCGUCCAACCCGCCCAUCCCCGUGACGGUCUUCCCCCCGCUGAGCGUGUCCAACUCGACGCCCGCGCACGGCGACACCAUCGCGCUCGCCUACAACGCGUCCGUCCCUGCAGGGAACACGACCUUCCUCGCGUGGUACUCCGGGCUCAGCACGACCUUCACCCCGAUCGCGAACGGGACCACGACCGUGCCGGACGCGCUCCUCGGGACGGUGUACGCGGGCGUCGUCGCCAACCAGAGCGCGCAGACGGGCGACGCGACGAUGCUCACCGGCUUGGCCGUGUUCAACUUCCCGUUCAACUCCAGCGCGAGGGGGAAUGCGUAG